UUGUCGUUCAACGUUCAAUCGCUGUGUUUCGUGCGAACACGAUUCAUUAACUGUUCUUUGAUUCUAUCCGUACGUACAUUGCUCGAUCGCGGUUUUCGCGCAGUCUCCAAUACACCCGAUUGAAAAAGAUACGCGUACAAUUUUUAGUUAUAAAUAAAUACAAUUAUGAUAACGUACGCGUAAUAAGCACACUGGUACAGCAUUAGGCGACGGCGGUUGAAGUCGAUAAUAUUUUCGAGCCAUAGCGUACACGCCGGGGGUCAUCGCAGAUAUUACGCGACGUCUGCACCACGAUUAUUCCGAGUGCGGUGCGUGUUCACAUCGCAGCAAUACUGGCCGCCGACGACACAAGGGACCGUGCCCAUACGUCGACGAUGCCGAAGAUCGCGCGCGACAACCGUCUGCCGAUAAUGUUGAUCGCGUUCCUCGUGGUCGGCUCUGCGGCGGUCACCACUUGCGACCGUGCCCGUUGCAGUCCGAUCCCUUCGCCGGGGUCGGAUACGACCCUGCGGUCGCCGACGCCGACUGUUCAACACAGCAUUGAUAAGCGGGACGAUGGUGGACGCGUGUCGGUAACCAACAACCGGUCCAGACCCUUUGACCACGGCCGGGAGGUCGCCGCGAUGCAGAAGCUGCUGCUCCGCACUUCGAGCGCCGUUUCCGAGUUUCUGCCGUUCAUCACGUCGGCCCACCCGGGUUCGCGGUGCUUCAAGCACACCGUCAUGUACCUGACGCAGCUGGAUGACUUCAAGCUCUGGGCUACCAAAAUGUUUGACGCAUCGGCCAAAUUUAUAUCUGCGGGUUGGUUUGAUGGAUCCACAUACAAUCUGGGAAACUUUGAUGAGUGUGUUGACGUCGAAGUAUUUUUGGGCGAUGAUUAUAUUCAAGGGCAGUACUGUUUGGUGGAAAUCGAGAUAAACCCCAUAGCCAGUUCCAAAUUUAGAUCACGUAAACACGUUUAUAACGAAUCCUCGUGGGACACACUUCAGGAACUAUCGUUCGACCCAAACAAAAGUAUGCGGAACAAAAUGUAUAUAGCGCACUGUGUACCGCAUACGUGCGACACCGGAGACGUGUCAAAACACAUAGCGGCUAUCAUCGGAAGAAUCUCUCAGAAAAAAAUAACCACCAACGUCGGGGCAGUCAAGUGUCAAACGAAAACAGAACUAACGUGGACAUGGGGCGAUUAUUCAUUUUUGCUGAUAAUUGGAUUUACCUUGGUUUUCAUCAGCAUAAGUACCUACUAUGACUUGUUCACGUCAAUGUCUUCCUUUGAACAUUUUCGGUUUUCGGAAAAGUCAAAAAAACAUUUAAUCCUCCAAUCAUUCUCGCUGUCGAAAAACAUACGUAAACUACUUACCUUUCCGAAGACCUCUGACAACCUCGAGUGCAUUCACGGACUGAAAUUCAUAGCGAUGUGUUUCAUUAUUACAGGCCAUCGUUUCAUGUUUUCUUUAGGAGCACCUUUGAUGAACACCAACUUUAUUGAAUACUUUUAUAGCAAACUCGAGGCGAUGAUCAUACUUAACGGACCCAUACUAGUGGACACAUUUUUCAUUAUAAGUGGCUUCCUCGCGUGUUACUUGCUACUGGAACACAUCCAAAAAAACCCAAAGGCUUUCAAAAUACCGCUGUUCUACAUACACCGUUACGUGAGAUUGACGCCCGUCUACGCGAUGGUGAUCGCAUUCUACUGCACGAUGUUUAUAAAGAUCGGAACGGGACCGUUGUGGAACGAGAAAGUGGGCGAGGAAGUGGAAAGGUGUCGUGAGAGCUGGUGGGCCAACCUGCUUUACGUGAACAAUUACGUCAAACCGCAAAAAUUGUGCAUGAUCCAGUCGUGGUACAUCGCGUGCGACACGCACCUGUUCCUGACGGCCCCGGUCAUCGUCAGCCUGCUGUACCACCGACCAAAAGUCGGGCACACGGUGUUGGCACUCGCACUGGCCGCGUCCAUCAUCACGACUUUCGUCGUCACGUACUCCGGCAAACUGGACGCGUUCCUGCUGGUGCACAUAAAAAUCCUGCGCAACCCGAUCGCCAACAAGACGUUCCGCAACCUGUACAUACCGACGCACACCCGCGCCACGCCGUACUACAUCGGCAUGAUCACGGGCCUGGUACGGUACAAGAUGAAAAACUCGUCUUAUAAAAUCAACAAGCACGCGGUGUGGAUGGGUUGGAUAGUAUCGACCGUGCUCAUGCCGGGCACGAUGUUCUCGGCCUGGUGGUUCUACAAGCCCAACUACGAGUACGAUGCCAUAGUUGCCGCGCUGUACGGCGCUCUGUACCGAACCACGUGGGCGGCAGGAGUGAGUUGGACCAUCAUCGCCGUGUCCACGGGCAACGGAGGUUUCAUCGAACCGAUCUUGUGCUGGAAACCGGUGAUCACGUUGAGUCGGCUGACGUACUGCGCGUUCCUGUGUCACGGCGGGCUGCAGCUGUACACGGCUGGUUCCAUCCGGACGCCAUUCCACGCUUCUUACUACAACCUGGUUUGGCUAUCGCUCGGAGACAUCACCCUCUCGUUCCUGGCGGCGUUCUGUUUGACAUUACUCUAUGAAUCGCCCAUAAUCGGAUUGGAAAAAAUUUUUUUCAACAGAGGGAACAAAUCAUGUUACGAGAAAAACGUUACGACGACCAAAGCGAGCGACUUGAAUCCAAAGCCGGACAAAUUUCGACAGAUAAAUAAUAACGGUUUUCUAUGACAGCUCACCGUAAACGUCUUCUUCAUUCGAGAUGUAAUUUUGUAUUUAUUUUCAACGAGUUUUUAUACAAUUUGAGUUUGUAAACUAUGUACCGUUACCUGCUCAAUGUAUCAACCACUGUAAAUGUUAUAUUUUUACAAUCAA